AAAACAUAAACGUUUUGGUGCAUAAGUUAUCUUCAAGUUUUAAGGAAUUCUGGGAUACAGAGACUAAGACAGCCUUGACUUACAUCAUGCAACGAGGUAUUGUUAGCCCAUGCCGUUAUGUGAUUAUGACAGAUGCAUCCUGGUGUGGGGAAGAGGCUGGUCUAGGUGUUGUUCUUAUUGACACUGAGUCAGGCAACUAGUUUCAGUCCUCUUGUCAUAGCAAGGUGGGUUCGGCCAUGGAAGCAGAAGCCUCUGCCUUAUUGAUGGCCCUGCAACAUGCAACACAGCGUGGUUGGGAGGAAAUUCAUGUCCUUUCGGAUGCUAAGGUGGUGGUCGAGGCUUUCGCAGCAAGAAAAUGCCCACCAGAUUGGAGUUUUCUGAAUGUUUCUUUAGUUAUUUUAGACUCAAUUAAGUUAUUUAAAACAUGUAGUUUCUUUUAUAUUAGGCGCACAAGUAAUGGUUUUGUUGAUGAGUUAGCAAAGAGAGCUAGAUUGUCUAGUCAAAAUGCUUGGUGCAAGGGGAGGGAAUCUCCCUGUGAUUCUCGACUAUCUUUCCGCUGUUUAAUGAACUUGUCGUUCUUUUUUUUUAAAAACAAAAAUUAACUAGAAAGUGCAAAGUAGAAUGUAAAGAGUCUCCAUACCAUGGAUUCAAAAUCGAUGAAUAGCAUUUGCUCGAAAAAAUCGACAACUAAUAAAUAUAUAUUAAUAAUAAUCUGUUUUAAAAGAAAAAUGUUAAUGGCUUGACAUUUGUAUAAUGAAUGAAUUGGAUUAAAGAUUUAGUUUUUAAUCCAAUGGUUUCAAAACCAUGUGAAGCUUCAGAUGUGAUUGUCUUGCAUUGCAACUCCGUCAUAAACCCCUCCAAAAUCUCGAGUGAAGCUACCUCACUCUGCCUUCGUCCAUGGAGGUUCUCAAACCUUCACCUCCUACCAAGCUUACAACUUCAUUUCUAAGUUCCAAUUUCACUUCCAAAUUUCCAACUAAAUUUCGGAGAAAACAUAACCAAAUUGUCUACAACGUACCCACCUCCAUAUUCCACAAGAACUCAUCUUUGUCAAUAUAUCUUCUACCCUUAAGUGAUCGUAGAAGAAACUUCCCAGUUUUCUCCCACUUCGGUCGAACGACGAGCCGCCGCAACUCGCUGAGGAAGAAGCUUAUUGAGGAUCAACAGGUACGUCAUCGUGUGAUUCCCCGUUCUGAUAUUCAAAAUGAAAAAUCAUUUCCUAAUUUUGGGGACACAGAGAACACAAAUGAAGAAAUAAGAGGUGACAGUGUUGAAGAGAGCGUAUCUAGUAAUUGGGUUAUCGAAAACGAAUCAAAGUCGAAACUUGUUGGUGAAUCUGCUCUGUUGGCGAAAUUGGAGAAUUGGGCUGAGCAGCAUAAGAAAGAUAGUGAGUAUUGGGGCAUUGGGUCAGGGCCAGUUUUUACAGUCUUUCUUAAUCCCGAUGGGAAUGUUGAACGGGUUUCUGUUCAUGAGGAUGAAAUAUUGAGGAGAAGCCGGGUAGAGAAAGAGGAUUUAGAAAACUCGACAGAGACGAAAUUGAAAAUUUUGCAGGCAGAGAAUUUAGCUAGAGAGAUGGAGAGUGGGGAAAAUGUUAUCCCAAGGAACAGUUCGGUGGCUAAGUUUGUUAUUGAAGGUGGUGAGUCUAAUUUCUUUAAGGCAAUUCAGAGCUUUAGUGUUAGUCCUCAGUUUAUAAAAGAGCUCCCUAGAGUUGGUACCAUGGUCUUGUAUGGUUUAGUUGCUGUUUGGGCAGUGAAGCAAUUGUUUAGUUUUGGGGAUGAUAAAGAGGUGAAACUCACAGAAUUUGAAAAGGAAAUGAUGAGGAGGAAGAUAAAAGCAAGAAAGGAGAAGGAGGUGUUGAACAUAGGUGGUGUGGAAGUUAUUCAACCUUUAAAGGAACCACCAAUGUUUUCCAUUGACAAGCCUAAGCUUGAUAAGCAAGAACUAAUGAAAAGUAUUGCAAAAGCGAAAUCACAGAGUGAAAAUUUGACUGUACUUGAUUCGAAAUCUGUUACCUCAGCUGCUGCUAAAUCUAUGGAGUUUGAUAACAAAAUUCAGGAAAUCAGAAAAAUGGCCAAACAUGCCCGGGAAACUGAAGAUAAAGAGAGACAGUUGAUUAAAAAGGAUAGAGUGGAAACUAGGGUGAAGAGUACAGAAAGUUACAAUGGAACCAAGGAGGGUGAAGAAUAUAAAGAGAAGGAGAUUAGUUUACUUAACCAACAUCUGAAUGAAGAUACUCAACAAAGUUGUGAUGAUGACACUAAGCUGGUACUUGAUGAAGCUUUUACCAGGGACAGGAAUGUUGCAUCGAGUGCAGAAAGUUCAGAUGUCAGGAAAAUGACAAGCGAGAAUCUAAAAGACAAUGAGACUCUUGAUAAUGCUACCUUUGAUGAACCACCUGGUUCUAGAGAAAGUUCUGCUCUAGUGAAACCACGAAUCAUAAGGUCAGUGAAAGAAGCCAGGGAGUAUCUUUCUGAAAAAGGUAACAAGCAAGAGUCAAAACAAGAGUCAGAGGUUAAGGCUGUUCAAGAAAGUGCUGCUCUUCCAAAGCAUGAUAAGCAGUUGGAAUGUAAUAGAGUGGAGGAUUUUGGCACAGAAAAAUUAUUUACUACAGUCAUUUCAGAUGUAAAAUCAGAUUCUUCUGCUAUGACAAGUGCCUCUGAAGAUUCUGGUGUAGGGAAUAAUAAGGAAUUUGGUGAAAUUAAGCAAGGAGAAAAUGAUUUUUCAGAGCAUCGAAUUUCCUUGGAUCAUGAAGGUGAUGACAGGAAAUCAGAAAGAGAACAAUCUGCAAAUGUGGAAAACUGGAAUGAGAAGAAUUUUAAUGAACAUAUUGCAAAGAAGAUUGGUGUUAGCUUUAGAGAUAAUUACAUGGUUGCAAGGGAAAAGAAGGAUCAGCCAUCAAGUUUGAAUCCUUCCUCAGUGCUUGGUUCUAUUGGAGAUGAAAGUGAACUUGAAUGGAUGGAAGAUGAAAGUCUUGCAGAAAUUGUUUUUCAAGUUCGAGACAAUGAGUUAUCAGGGAAAGAUCCAUUUUACAAGAUGGACGCAAAAGACAAGGAUGCAUUUUUCAAGGGUCUUGAAAAGAAAUUUGACAGAGAGAACGAAAAGCUGUUGAAACUGCAUGAAUAUCUCCACGCAAACAUUGAAAAUCUUGAUUACGGAGCAGAUGGUAUUAGCAUAUAUGAUCCACCAGAAAAAGUAAUACCUCGUUGGAAAGGUCCUCCUCUGGAAAUAAGUCAUGAUUUCUCCAAUAACUUAUCUGAACUAAGGGAAGCAAUUCUUGCUGAAAAUACUGGACUUUCAUUCAAUGUGAAGAAGGACGAGCAGAGCUCGCUUCAGAAAUCAAGUGAAUCUCCACCAGUUGCGAAAAGUGCCACUUCUUCAGCAUUUAAUGAUCCAAAAAAGAGAUUAAAUAAGGAUCAAGAAAGGUCCAAGACAAUUAUAGAAGGCAGCGAUGGUUCCUUAAAAGCUGGGAAGAAAUCAGGGAAGGAGUUUUGGCAACACACCAAGAAAUGGUCUCGUGGGUUUCUGGAAUCCUAUAAUGCAGAGGCAGAUCCAGAAGUUAAAUCCAUAAUGAGAGACGUGGGGAAGGAUCUGGAUCGAUGGAUCACUGAGAAAGAAAUUCAGGAAGCUGGUGAUCUUAUGGAGAAAUUGCCUGAGAAGAAUAAGGAAUUCAUGGAAAAGAAACUCACCAAGCUUAAAAGAGAGAUGGAAUUGUUUGGACCACAAGCUGUUGUGAGCAAAUAUAGUGAAUAUGCAGACGACAAAGAAGAAGAUUACUUGUGGUGGUUAGAUCUUCCAUAUGUACUGUGCAUUGAGUUGUACACAGUUGAAGAUGGUGAACAAAGGAUAGGGUUUUAUUCACUGGAGAUGGCUACUGAUCUUGAAUUGGAACCAAAACCACAUCAUGUGAUUUCCUUUGAAGAUGCUAAUGAUUGCAAAAAUCUUUGUUACAUAAUCCAAGCUCAAAUGGAAAUACUAGGAAAUGGGAAUGCCUUUGUUGUUGCCCGACCACCCAAGGACACUUUUCGAGAAGCCAAAGAGAACGGUUUUAACGUUACUGUCAUAAGGAAAGGAGAGCUUCAACUUAAUGUGGAUCAACCACUUGAAGAGGUAGAGGAACAAAUUGUAGAGAUUGGAAGCAAAAUGUACCAUGAUAUGAUUAUGAAAGAGCGCUCUGUAGAUAUAAGCUCAUUGAUGAAGGGUGUAUUUGGUUUCAAGACCAAACCCACUAAGAGGAAAAGAUCAAAAAGAAAGCUAAAGAAACGUGGGAAGAAAUGAAGAUGAUACGUUAUGCAUUACUACUUUAAGCAUUCAUUAGCCGUGUAGGACAAUUUUGAUGCUUGUGGAUUAAGCUGACAAUAUGGAGGCUUCCUCAAAAUAACUUGUGGGAAUCUUCAACAGUUCAACUCUCCCCUUAUUUGUAGAUUCUGUGAGGUAUAGCCGUUCUUGUGUAUCUUAGAUGGUAUGUUGGAAUUAUUUGAAAAUGUAAGGAAAUAAACCUAUGUAAUAUUAUUUCCAUCCAGAUGUUUCCAGAUCCGGGUAUUGAAAAAAUGCAAGUUAAAAUCUUGCUAAUAUUAGAUUGAGAAAAAGAUGGCAUUGAAAAGGAAAACUGGGCAUAUAGUAAUAACCAACUUUUAUCAGUGGAGCACUGGUCAUCAUCUCAUUCCUGCAGCAGGAAUUCUUGUUAAUAUCACAUACAAUAUCUCUCUCAAGACACUUGGUUUAUCUACAGUAAACUGAACCCUACAUAAUGAUGAAAAGGAAAGCCAUAUAUUUAUAUCUGUCAUACAUACAAACUGGGAAAUACUUUCAGUCAUGAACCAAAGACCUAACAGUUAACUCAAUCAAAGACAUUGUAGUAAUGGCCAAGGAAAGAAUUACGAAGGGAAGGGAAGGAAAUAAAAGAAAUGAAAAAAUCCUUUACGAAAUUGUAUGGACAAAAUAUCCUGUUGUCAAACUGCCAUACACAAACAUGUACAAUUACCCUAAACAUGAAUUUACUUUUUUUUUAUUUAUUUUUUUAAUGAAUUGCCACUAUCAAGAAGUUGACUUAACAAUUUCAUGAAGGCGGCCAUCCAUGAUUUGAGAGACAGCCUCAAGGAAUGCAGCUUCACUUGUUCCAGGGAGCACAGAAUCCUUUGCUUCUUGGACAAUCUCCUCCAUAAUGGAUUCUGUAUUCAAGGUUUUUCUGCACAUUAUGCUUCCGAUUUCAAAGGGGGUGAGACCUUUCUGAACUCCCUUCUUCAAGAGCAUAGUGGAGAUGCAAAGAGUACGAGCACAUUCGGGGGACAACUCCCAUCCAUGGAACUUCAGAAUUGCGAUAUCCUCGUCUGCGUCCAGCGAAUUAAUGUAAUCAACUACCUCAUCAGAGUACGGUACACGAGCUUGUGGCCAAUAAAGCCAGUCAAAUGUACACUCUUCAAACUGCAGGAAAAAAAAAAUCAACAUUAGAAUCUUGAAUUAUCAAUCCACAUAAACGUGAAUAAUUAGGAAUUCCAUCGCUUGAAUUGAGCAAAACAUUCAGAUCACAAAAAACAAAAAAAUUGAAGUUUCUUAACCAUUAUCCAACCAAAGCUGAAGUUUACACUCAAUAGUUUUUUGAAGUCUUAUCAAGAUUAUAAUUCAGUAUGGCAUAAGUUUGAUACUACAAGCAAAAUAAAGAGAUUAAAUUUUAAUUUUUUGUUAAAAAAUGACAACCAACCAUGACAAAUAAUUGAAUGAUUGAUAGGGGAACAUAAAAUAAGACAAAAGCAUAAUAUAAACUAAAUUUCAGCUCAAUCAGGCAUCAGCGAUGAAUUAAAGGAGUCGAGUACUUACACUUUCAGGCAAGCAGUACCCAUGAUCAAUUGGAAUCAGCACAGUCUUGCCAUCUUCUCCUUUGCUUAGCAAUAUAUUUCCAGAAUGUCUGUCAGCAUUGGCCAACCUAAUAUCUAACACAGAGAUUUUCUGUACUUCCUUAACAGGGAAAGAUCCAGGGCCCAUAUCCUCACAACUUCCAUUAUUGUCCAUGAAUUUCUGCAGUGAUCCAAGCUUGGCAGUCAUAUCACCAGAAUGGUUGAACUCUUUGUGAAAGCACUUGACGAGAAAUGUGGGCGGGACACCAGCAAAGCCCUCUUUAUCACCAAUGAACGAGCGGUGGCCAUUCAUUGGAUGAUCCAAAAGGUAUGCUGCAACUUCUCUCAAUGCUCCCUCUCCAACUCUUGUUCCUUUCUUUAACCCUUCUCCGUCUAACGACAAUGGAAGUCCCCUAGGAUUAUUUACAGCCAUGGGCUCUUCAUCCAUUGGUUUGAACACAGAAAUAUACUUUUUCCCUGAUGAAUCCAGCAUAAAAUAUGCUCCUCCUGUACCCUCUAAAGACCUGACUGGAUGAUUCCCGCUACUUAAUCCAUUAAGUGAAGCAUUAAUCAUGUCCUUUAUGGCUGAGGGCAAUUUAAUCUUGUGGUUCACAAUAAAAGGCUCCAACAUAGGUUCCUUGUAAGAAGGCUUCCUAGGCAAAAGCACUUUCCCAACAUCAUGUUGCAUCUUAUUGACUUUCCCAUCAACUCCAUUGCUUCCCACAUCAGUCAAAUCAGAUGCCACAAUAGACAGUUCAAAAUUCUUCUCGACUGGUCUAGUACGAACUUUUGCAGAUUUCCUAACCAACAAAUGAAUAACAGCAUCAUUAUGUUUGCUGAUAUCAUCGAUAAGUCUCUGAUCCUCAAGUUGCUCCCCGUUGCAAACAACUUCUUGCUCCUCAAGAUCAACAAAUUCCUUCCCUUUCUUCGCAAUCUUUUGUUUAACAUACCUAACAUCUCUACCACGUUCCACAUGAAAAGUAUACUCUUUACCUGAAGUAGUUCGAACUUUGAUGACCUGAAGAUCCGAAAGCUUAAGAACCAAAUGCAAUACAUUUCCAUCUCCAACACCAUACUCCCGGAGCAGCGAAUUGCUACGAGCCAGCUCCCGGCCUCCACAAACCAACUUCUGGUUCUUGACCACAAACCCUUUAUAGGAUUGAAUCCUGAGCUUCACUGACUCAAUAGAAUCAGACUCCAAAACACUCAUUGGGAUAAUAGAUCCCGAAACUGAGAGAUAUAUCAAAAUGGACUCGCUGGAGACCAAAUCAGCCAGAGCUCGGAAAAUGUUAUUAGAAAUUAAAGGCUCAUUGCAAAGUGGACUAAGCGCAGCUAUACCGGCCGAAGACAUUUUCCUUUCAGCUCAAGAAGAGUCGAGAUUUUUCACAGCUUUCGAAAAACCCAACUCACAACCUCCAAAACCCACAAAUAUUACAAGAAUACAUACAUUUUUAAAUCCUAAAGAGACCACCUGAUCAAUAAAACCAGAUGAUCGAAGAAACCCCCAAACCCAAUUUAGCGAAGAAUCGAAACCCCAAGCCCACCAAAGGAGAAAUCUCUACAAAAGCAAUCUCACACCCUAGACAACAACCAUGGCCAAUAAGCAAAACCCAAUACCCCAAUUUUUUUUUUUUAAUUUUCUAAAUGAGAAAAAGUAAAAACGAAAAGGGUUACGAAGCCUUGGCACAAAAUGAUCAGACUCCAAGAAAAUUGAAAUUCUUACCAAAAUAAUGAGACUUGAGAGAUGGAGCUUAAUCAAAGCUCAAUAAUCAAUCUUGGCAAAAGCUUCAACAACUGCAAAUUUUCUUUCUUUCUUUCUUUCUUUUUCUUGUUAGUUUUUUUGGGUGAAAUUACAGAAAAAUUGUCGAGAGAGAAAAGAAGAUUUGAACAAAGGAAGAUAUUGUUAACGCGUAGGAG